AUGACCACAGUAGACACGCCUUAUGUCCACGAAGGAGGUAUCAAGCCUUAUUUUGAGCAACAGAUCCAAGAUACGGAAAUCAAAAUUCAAAAUACCACGCAAAACUUGCGAAGAUUGGAGGCGCAAAGAAACAAACUCAACAGUAAAGUUCGUCAAUUGAAGGAUGAAUUAAGACUUCUUCAAGAGCCAGGCUCAUACGUUGGAGAAGUUGUGAAAGUGAUGGGCUUAAAGAAAGUGCUUGUUAAAAUACAUCCUGAGGGCAAAUACAUCGUCAAUGUGACCAAAGACAUCGACAUCAAGAAGUUGACGCCUUCAUUAAGAGUUUGUCUCAAGGCUGACUCGUAUGACUUGCACAAGAUUUUGCCCAAUAAAGUGGAUCCGUUGGUGUCGUUGAUGAUGCUUGAAAAAGUUCCUGACUCCACGUAUGAUAUGGUGGGUGGUUUGGACAAGCAAAUCAAGGAAAUUAAAGAAGUGAUCGAAUUGCCCGUGAAGCACCCUGAGCUUUUUGAAAGUUUGGGUAUUGAGCAGCCAAAAGGUGUUAUUUUAUACGGCCCUCCAGGUACUGGUAAGACCCUUUUAGCCAGAUCUGUGGCCCACCACACAGACUGUCGUUUCAUUAGAGUCUCUGGUUCAGAGUUGGUGCAAAAAUACAUUGGCGAAGGGUCCAGAAUGGUUCGUGAGCUUUUUGUCAUGGCUAGAGAACAUGCGCCAUCGAUUAUCUUCAUGGACGAAAUCGACUCGAUCGGUUCAUCAAGAGUAGAGGGCUCCUCUGGAGGAGAUUCUGAAGUGCAGAGAACCAUGUUGGAGUUGCUCAACCAAUUGGAUGGUUUCGAGAGUUCAAAAGACAUCAAAAUCAUCAUGGCUACGAACAGAUUGGAUAUCUUGGACCCUGCCUUGUUGAGACCAGGUAGAAUCGACAGGAAAAUUGAGUUCCCUGCACCCACAGUUACUGCAAGAACCGAUAUCUUGAAGAUCCACUCAAGGUCAAUGAACUUGACCAGAGGUAUUAACUUGAGGAAAAUCGCUGAGAAGAUGGGAGGCUGUUCAGGUGCUGACGUGAAAGGUGUGUGCACCGAAGCAGGCAUGUACGCCUUGAGAGAGAGAAGAAUACAUGUCACACAAGAGGACUUUGAGUUGGCUGUGGCCAAGGUGAUGUCCAAGAACGACGAAGGUGCUGUCUCCUUGGCCAAGCUCUUCAAGUGA